UGGUACUGUGAAGAAAAGCUUUGGCAAGUCAACUUAAAAUGUUAUUAAAUGUGAGAGGCGCUGCUUGAUUUGUAUCAUGUAAAGAAACUGUGACAUGACCAACGUGACUGUAAAUGUCCGGAACUGACGCUCACCGUCAAUACCGAUAGUACGAAAUCCAUUGACAGAUGAACACCCAUCCACAUGCAUAACAAUGGACUCUGAACGAAAAGUGCAAACAGAGAGGAAGUAAUUUAUGUAGUGAAAUCAGAGCAGAGCCAGUAGAAUCGAAUAAAUGAACUCCAGUGAAGCAUCACUACAGCCAAAAGGACCACAUGUCGUUUCUGGACUGCACCUGUAUCUCCACCCACUCACAAGUCCAGUCAAUCAGGAUAGAGGAGCAGUAUGAAGACAUCAGCCAACAGUUCUCGAGCAGUGAUGUCUCUCCUUGUUCUGUGUUGACGGAUGAAGAUGACAUCACAAAUCUCUCCACUGACCCCGCGCACUAUCAGCUGCUCUCACAACUGGGGCAGAGUUUCAAUAACCUCAGUCAAGUGAGCAUGGUGCGCCACACACCCUCUGGUCGUCUGGUAGCAGUGAAAAACACUAACCUGGACGAGUGUACAGAAGAUGAGCUGCUGCAGCUAAUGAAUGAGGUUUUGUUGUCCAGGCUGUUUCGUCACCCAAACCUGCUGACUUCCAGACUUGUGUUCAGUUCCUGCUGUCAGCUGUGGGUGCUCUCUCCUCUCAUGAGUUACGGUUCUGCAGACUCUCUUCUGAGGUUGUAUUUUCCUGAUGGCAUGAGUGAGUCUUUGAUCGCAUAUCUGUUGUACGGAGUGCUGAGAGCCCUUGAGUACCUGCAUCACAUGGGUUACGUGCACAGGGGUGUAAAGGCGAGUCAUGUGUUGUUGUCAGCAGAGGGUCGUGUGUGUUUGUCUGGUCUUCAGAGUGUGUAUAGUUUGAUGAAGGAUGGGAAGAGGAUGAGAGCUGUGUUUGACAUGCCUCAGCACAGUCCGUCACUGCUGCCAUGGCUGAGCCCUGAGCUACUGCGACAGGAUCUUCAUGGAUAUGGCGUGAAAUCAGACAUCUACAGUCUGGGAAUCGUGGCGUGUGAGCUGGUCAGUAGCAGAGUGCCAUUCCAGGACAUGCCACCUACCCUGAUGCUCCUUCAGAAGUUAAGGGGAUCUCACUCUUGUCUCCUUGACCUCUCUCCAUAUCCGCUCGGUGACCUGGGGGCGCUGAAAGUAUCUCGCUCUGGCGUGGACUCGGGAAUCGGCGAGAGUGUGGCGACCGGAAGUCUGACUCGUACCGCCACCGCAGAGAGACCCCAGAGCCCCGCCCCCAAAAACCACUCAGCUACACUGCACAACCUGGUCCAACUGUGCCUGCAGCAGGAGCCUGAGCGCAGGCCUUCUGCGACAGCUCUCCUCACCCACCCCUUCUUCAGACAGGUGAAGAAACAUACAAGGGACUCAUUCCUUAAUUUAAUGUAUCCGGCUGUGCCAAUGUCCUGCCCUCCUGACACGCCUCCAUCCGAAACACCAACGCAGACCUGUAACACGCCAUCUCCCACCCAUACUGAGCCAGAGGAUGGGAUGUGGGACUUCUCUUAAACCCCACUGUCUUUCUGUUUCUAUCCCUCCAUAUCAUAUUUUCAUUUUACUUAUGUCAUUCUCUUUACCCUUCUUUUUUUAAAUCAAAAAACAGUUACCUUCAUAUCCUUCUACAUUUGGAUAACUCUGUUUAAUACAAGACAAUCCAACAGUUAUCUCAAACCUAUUUACUGUGCUGUAUUUACUCUCUGUUUGCUGUAUGAGAUUCUACCAAUCGCUAAAAACCUUUUAAUUGGUUAUACUCUGGGAUUGCCUUUUCUUGUAUUAAUGUAUUGUUGGAGAUCUUUCGAUCAUGGUGAAUUUGUCCAUGUUAUGAUCGGAGCUUCCUCUUUAAUGUUCAACUGGUGCGUUCACGUCCUGUCGGAAUUACUGUAAUUACAACUUGGAAAUGCUUCCUGUUCACAUCCUUGUACUCUCAUAUGAUCAAUGCAUCGAUGCAUAUGUUUCAAUGGAAACACUCCUAAUGCCAAAAAAAAAAAAGGAAAUAUUUACAAAGAAAUUUAGGUUCAAUACAAGUUAAGCUUCAUCGACAGCAUUUGUGUCGUAAUGUUGAUUUUCCAAAAAUAUUUUUACUUGUGCUUAUUAUAUUUUUGCGUAGUAUUAUUUUAUUUUUACUUCAUACUUGUGCGUCAUUUAUUUAAAUAAAAGAACCAAUCGCUGUUACUGUGAGACACUUACAAUGGAAGUGAAUUGGGCCAGUGCAUCAAUGCUCAAAUACAAAUGCUUUCGAAAGUAUUGCUACAAGACAUAAACAUUAUGCAUGUUAACAUGAUUUUAGUGUGAUUUAAAAUCUCUGUGCAACAUGUUUUUGUUGUUUUUGCAGUAUUAAAAUCAUGUUAAAACGUUUGUUGUUUAUGUCUUGUGUGUAUACAUUUGAAUGUUGAUGUAUUGGCCGCAUUUACUUCCAUUGUAAGUGCCUCACAGUAAUAGUUCCUUUUUUAUUUUAUUGCCUUUUCUCCCCAAUGUGGCAUGCCUAAUCCCAACUGCUUAAUAGAUCCUCGUGGUGGUGCGGUUACUCGCCUCAAUCCGGGUGGUGGAAGACAAGUCAAUCCGUGCAUCUUAUCACGUGGCUUGUUGCUCAUGCUACUCUCCGCGAUCCACACACACCCUACCACGUGCCCCAUUGAGAGCGAUAAUCACUAUACGCGACCACGAGGAGGUUACCCCAUGUGACUCUACCAUCCCUAGCAACCGGGCCAAUAUGGUUGCUUGGGAGACCUGGCGGGAGUCACUCAGCACACCCUGGAUUCAAACUCGUGACUUCAGGGGUGGAACUCAGCAUCAAUGCUCUCUGUGUUACCCAGGCCCCCAGUAAUUGUUACUUUUGUUUAAAUAAUCGUACGAGAUAAAUUUGUUUUGUGGAAAUCAACAUUAUGCCACAUGCUGUCGUUUGAAAUUGUGUUGAAUCCGGAGCGUGUAAUCACUGCAUUAUUUCUUUAAUUCAACUUUAUAUGGUCUUGCAAAAUGUUUAAGAAAAAAGAUUGUGCACUGGCUUUAAAAAAAUGACAUAUCAAAUAUAAAAAAUUAUAAUUAACUUUCACUGUUGAGGUCGCUGCCAUUUUUGUUUAUUUUUAAACAACGUGUUUCCUGUUUUAGGAGUUUCCAACAUGUAAUUAUAAGUUAGACAAAGAUGUGAAAGUUUUUUUUACAAGUCAGAAACUCCAGUAAUUCUGGCAUGAAUUGAAUGCACCAAACGUCCACAGCAGCCAAUCGCAUCAAAGAGAUAGCAGCAAAUCACUGGAUUUGAUCACGCCAACGAGUGAGGUCAUCAAACUGAGCCAAGAAUGCCGGGGAUUUGGAGUUCACGUUUUAAUGUGUAUCAGCGACAGUUAUUAAAUCAAUGGUUCUAGUUCAGUACAAGCUCUGUUGAUCGCUCCCGUGACGCCGUUUAUUACCACAGAAAAUCAUUUUUAACUGUUCCUCAAUAUUUAAAAGCAAACACAUUGUGUUUAAUGUUAUGCACAAUUCAUACUUAACUUUCACUAUCGCCAGUUUUACUCAAUCCUCCCACGUAAAUUCACUGAGCUGAUUCAACUAGUCUUGUGAGCUUUACUUAAUCCAUUUGCGUUGGGACUACAUUAGUAUUUUUUCUUUGGUAGGUAAACUGAAACUGGGUAGAGGAUUUCUAGUUUGAGAUUAAAUUGUGUUGGGUUUACUUGAUUCAGUUAGGUUACCUCUACUUGAUUUUUUUAAAUUGAUAUAACAUGGUAACAUUUCAAAUAUGUGGAACCACUGUUUAUGAGUGAAUCAGCUAAAAAGUUUUUUAAAUGGGGUUUUCCGCAUGAACACAAGUUCAUCUGCUUAGAAAAUUUGUCCCAUCACUUAAAGGACAAUUUAGACAUAAUAACCCUCAUUAUUUUAUGGAAGCGCUUUAACAAAAGUACAAGCUGCCCAUUUCAGCUACUACACUUGCCUCAUUGACUUCCAUUGUAAGUGUGUGACUGACUGGACACAUGAUUUUCAUUUUUACAAGCUUAGGGAUGAUUUGAAUUUAUUUUCUGUGGUAAUCAACAGUGUAUCCGAGAUGCUUUUGCAUUGAACACGGAGCAUUUCUUUCAAUAUGCCACUCUUCCAAUCUUUGCUAGUGAAUUUUAAAAGGGUGUUUAUGUGAAUGUGUUUACUCUGUAUUCAACUGGCAUUCUUAAAGUCCUCUUGCUCUCUUUUUAGAAACUGUACAUGUUUUAAUCCUGUGAAGAAAACCAUACUCGUCAACACUGCCUCAACGUAAUGGUCUGGAAUGGGAUUUGAAUGAGUCCAGAUUAAACUGAAGGACUGAGCAGCUUUAACUGUGACCAAUAUUAUUAUUAUUAAAAUACCUAAGUCCUUUUACGUUUUAUAUGUUAGCUGUAUGAAACAUUUAGAUCAAUGAUAAAUAUAUUCCUACUUCAUUUCUUAACA